GCCGCAGCUGCCCAUCUACUCCAGUCAGUUUUCACUGGGAGUGAGAGGAGUCGUUGGAUGAAAGAGAGAGAUUCGGUGUUUGAAUAACUCCUUCUUUGGUGUGCUUUUCCGGCAAGACAUUUCAAGACUAAUACAGCGAUGGCGGAGGCCCACCAGGCAGUAGCGUUCCAGUUCACCAUCACCCCAGAGGGGAUCGACCUGCGCCUUUCCUAUCAGGCCCUGUCCCAAAUCUACCUCUCUGGCCUGCGCUCCUGGAAGAAGAGGAUCAGCCGCAUGAGGAACAGGGUGAUCAAAGGGGUGUACCCUGCCAGCCCUUCCUCCUGGCUGUUUGUUGUCAUAGCAAUCCUGGCCACCAUGUACACGCGCUCUGACCCCUCCAUGGGCCUCAUUGCCAAAAUCCAGGAGCACCUGCCUGUCAGUAGUCUGUCUCUGAGUGUACAGGGCCAGACCAUGCUAUCAGUGCUUGUGUUCAGUACCCUGCUGUGGCUAUCUCUCAUCCUGACCCUGAGGUUCUGUCUCAAGCUGCUGCUCUCCUACCACCGCUGGAUGUUCGAGCAGCACGGACGCAUCUCCACCACCACCAAAGUCUGGGUGACCCUGGUGCGUCUGCUGUCUGGCAGGAAGCCUCUCCUGUACAGCUAUCAGACCUCUCUACCUUGCCUGCCCGUCCCACCCAUCAAAGACACACUGGAGAGGUACCUGGAGUCAGUGCGUCCGUUGCUGAGCAGUCCAGGGUUCGAGCGGAUGACUGUGUUGGCGGCUCAGUUUGAGAACAGUCUGGGGAACAGGCUGCAGCGCUAUCUCAAGCUCAAAGCUCUGUGGGCUACCAACUAUGUGAGUGACUGGUGGGAGGAGUACAUCUACCUGAGAGGACGAGGCCCCAUCAUGGUCAACAGCAACUACUAUGGCAUGGACUUUCUGUAUGUGACUCCCACGCCCAUCCAGGCAGCGAGGGCCGGCAACACCAUCACUGCUCUGCUGCUCUACCGACGCAAGGUCAACACUGAGCAGCUCAAACCUAGUCGUGUUCCAGGUACAGUCAUCCCUCUGUGUGCAGCUCAGUGUGAGAGGAUGUUCAACACUACUCGCACUCCAGGAGAGGAGACUGACGUGCUGCAACACUGGCAGGACAGUGAAUUUGUGGCAGUCUACCACCGGGGGCGCUACUUCAGGCUGUGGGUCUACAAGGCGGGGCGUCUCCUCUCCCCUAGAGAGAUAGAGUACCAGAUCCAGAGGAUCCUAGAUGACCCCUCACCCCCCGGACCUGGAGAGGACAGGCUGGGAGCACUGACUGCUGGAGACAGGGUGCCUUGGUGUACUGUAAGAAAGCAGUACUUCAGCUCAGGGGUGAACAAGCGCUCGCUGGACUGCAUCGAGAGGGCCGCCUUCUUUGUCACCCUGGACGAUGAGGAGCAAGGCAUGAUGGGAGAAGACCCAGUGGGAAACCUGGACCGCUACGCUAAGUCCCUCCUCCAUGGAAAAUGUUACGACAGGUGGUUUGAUAAGUCCUUCUCGGUGGUGGUGUACAAGAAUGGGAAGAAUGGGCUGAAUGCAGAGCACUCCUGGGCCGACGCCCCGACAGUGGCACACCUGUGGGAGUUCACCCUGGCCACAGAUGCCUUCCAACUGGGUUACACAGAGGACGGCCACUGCAAGGGAGAAGUGGAGCGCUCCUUACCGCCCCCUCAGAGACUCCGCUGGGACAUCCCUGUGGAGGUUCAGGAGCAGGUGUCCAUCUCUCUGUCUGUGGCACAGGCCCUAGCUGACGAUGUGGACUGUCAUGUCUUCCCCUUCAGGGACUUUGGGAAGGGACGCAUCAAGAAGCUGAAGAUCAGCCCAGACGCCUUCAUUCAGUUGGCUCUGCAGCUAGCUUACUACAGGGAUCGUAAGACGUUCUGCCUCACCUACGAGGCCUCCAUGACACGGCUGUUCCGAGAGGGGAGGACUGAGACUGUAAGAUCCUGCUCCAAUGAGGGCUGUGCCUUUGUCAAAGCUGUGGAGAGCGGAGAGGGGCCGGAGCACUGCAGGCGGCUGUUCCGAUUGGCUGCCGAGAAGCACCAGAACCUCUACCGAUUGGCCAUGACAGGGUCCGGCAUUGACAGGCACCUCUUCUGCCUGUACGUGGUGUCUAAAUACCUGGGGGUGGAGUCACCGUUCCUAACAGAGGUGUUGUCGGAGCCCUGGCGUCUCUCCACCAGUCAGACUCCGGUUCAGCAGUUGGAGCUGUUUGACAUGAAGAACCACCCAGACUUUAUAUCCCUGGGGGGAGGCUUCGGCCCUGUGGCAGACGAUGGCUACGGAGUGUCGUACAUUAUCGUAGGAGAGGACAUGAUCAACUACCAUGUAUCCUGCAAGCACUCCUUCUCUGAGACGGACUCACACCGGUUCGGGGCCCAGAUCAGUCGGGCUCUACAGGACCUCCUCUCUGUGCUUACCCCAGCUAAGACUGAGAACCCACAGGCCACGGACAAGAAACAGCUGUGAACAAUUACAGGGAAAGAAGGGACCAUGGGGUGGGAUGGCGGUAGGGAGUCGCUUUGUUUUUGAUAGUGGGAGAAUAUUAUAUUGAGCGUGGUUGUGUAUAAAGAAAGCCCUAAGAGAUUCGGUGUGAUGGAAUGAUGAAUUCUGAAAAUGAAAGAUGUUCCCUUCUGCUCAAAAAUGGAGCGGUGGAUAGAGAGAGGUGAAGAGAUUGAGAAGUGCAAUAGGAAGCAAGGGAACUAACAAGGAUGAGGCAGAGAGCAAGGGAAUGAGGGAUGAGAAAGUGGGGGAUAAAUCUCCACAAAAAGAAAAGAGAAUGAGUAGAGGUUUCACCCAUAGAGAGAACAUGGGUCAGAGGUCAGACAUGGGUCAGAGAUAGGCAAUAACUUUUUUCUUGUUUUUCUUUCUUUGUGAAUACUCACCAUAAUGGCAUUAUUUUCUAUAGUAUCAUCUUGAAUGUGAACUACUGUCGGAAAGAGUCAUGUUUAUUCGUGUAAUGUUUUAUUGAAAAGUCCUUCAGUUGGCCUCAAAGACUUCCCUAGUAAAAAGCUAUAGGAGAAGCAGUGGAAGUUGAAAGAAGCGGGACUGACUUUUAAUGUAGGUUUAACUCUAUUCUCAAGUGACUGGAGAACACUAACUGAAUGGGUCGGCUGCAGUGAACAUCAUUAGGAUGUGAUAUCAGGAGCAUGGUUGGGGUCAAUUCCAUUUUAAUUCAAUCAAUUCAGGGAAUAAAUUCAAAUUCUGUGAUUUUAAAAACAAUUGCAUUUUUCUAUGAUUUCUCAAUACAUACGAGAAGGAGAAGCUCUUAUUAAAAUGUUCUGUUUUUAUAUUUUAAUUAAAAAUCACUUUAUUGAAGUGUAAUUGAUCCCAACCCUGUACAGGAUAUCUGCUUAAUUAUUUGGCUUGGGAGCAUCUCCAGGGCUCGUAUUCAUAAAGCAUUUCAGAUUAGGAGUCCUGAUCUAGAGACAGUUUUGCUUUUUAGAUCAUAAUUAAUAAGAGUAUAUGGACAGGGGUGGACCUGUUCCUGGAUCAGCACAACUACUCAGAUGCUUUUUGAAUACUGGGCACAGUUCAUUUGAGUUUUUAAACAUCCUCAACGGUAGAAAUCCACUGUUUCGAACUGAAAGACGAUGAGCCUACGCAUGAUGUUGCACUAUUUAAGCAAACACAUCAUCGUUUUAGUCAAAGCAUGCUACAGUGCAUUUUUUUCCACAUUUUGUUAUGUUACAGCCUUAUUCUAAAAUUGAUUACAUUUAUUUUUUUGCUUCUUAAUCUACGCACAUUACUCCAUUGUGACAAAGCAAAAACAGGUUUUCAGAAAUAUUUGCCAAAAAAAACGUUAAUGUUACAUUUACAUAAGUAUUCAGACCCUUUACUCAGUACUUUGUUGAAGCACCUUUGGCAGCAAUUACGGCCUCGAGUCUUCUCGAGUAAGACGCUACAAGCUUUGCACACCUGUAUUAGGGGAUUUUCUCCCAUUCUUUUCUGUAGAUCCUCUCUAGCUCU